GAGCCACCCUCUGUUCUCUGUGACCCCUGGUUACCCCUUCUCACCUGACGUCAGCAGACAUGGGGCGGCCAUCUUGACUUCAAAUAAAAGAUUGACAGGGUUGUUUCUCAGUGCUUUAUUCCUGUGCUGUUGCAUUGUGGGUAGUGGGAGAAACCAAGUGUGGUGGCAAAGGAGGGGGUAAAUUGUGUGGGGUUAGUGAGGUUUGCUCCAUAAUCAUUGUUAGAAUUAUUGGUGGAUGUGUACGGUGUUAUGAUAAGAGCUGUUAACAGAGGGAAAUGGGGUAGGCAAUCUAGUAAGACCGGGUCUGCACAAGUAUCCCAUGUUAAUGGUCAUUAUUAUCCCCAUGUGAUUAGGGCCCUAGAAUUGGUGGGACCCAGGUGUAUAAAUGUCUCACCUAGUGGAGUAAUCGGGAGUUGGUGGGCUACGCCUGGUGGGAGCGGUUGCACCUGUGAGCACCUGCACGUUACGGCUUGGGAAGGAUGUGAAUAAAAAACUUUAUUGGCAUACAACGUCCUCUGUCUACUAUUGUGGAGAAACUCGGGAUGUCCUUUUGACAAAUGGUGUCAGAAGUGGGAUCAUUAUGCCACCCAAGACCAGGCAAGACCGAGGUGCGGGCACAGAGGAGCAGGGGGGAAUGGAGCAGGAGCCGGCCAGCUCUACGGAGUUACAAGAACCAGCUGCUGUUGGUAGGGGUGACGCCGUAACUCCGCCUGCUGUGGGCCCAACAGAGGGAAUUGUCUCAGAACUGGCGGGCCUGGUUAAAGUCCUCCUACAGUCCCAAGUUGCCCGUGACGAUCGAAUGGAGCAAGUAAUGGCUAAACAAGACCAGCGUUGGCGAAAUAUGCAGCACCAAUUCCAGCAAAUCCAGCACCAAGUGGGAGAAAUCCAGGCCGGAGGGGACCAAAGGGCAAGUCAGGCCGUGUCUACCGCUGCAAGCCCAGUGCCAACAGAAGAAGGUACGUCGUUUGGAACUAUCGAGCCAAGGUUAAACCCCUUGACCAGAGAGGACGACAUUGAGCAGUUCUUAACAACCUUUGAAAGAAUGGCUACGGCAUGCCGGUGGCCCCAAGCUAAUUGGCCGAUAAGACUGGUUCCCCUGCUGACGGGAAAGGCACGUGGGGCCUAUGUAGCCAUGGAUGGGAAUGAUGCUGAGGACUAUGAUAAAGUGAAGGAGGCCAUACUUAUAAAAUAUGAGAUUAAUGCAGAGAUUUACCGGCAAAGGUUCCGCUCAGUAGAGAUUCGGCCAGACGAGAACCCCCGUGAGCUUUAUGUACGAUUGAAAGAUCUCUUCUCAAAAUGGGUGAAGCCAGAGACGUGUAGUAUUCAGCAGAUGUCUGAAAUUAUUAUCUUGGAGCAAUUCAUGCGAAUGAUAAACUCUGACAUGGCAGUGUGGAUUAAGGAGCGUGCUCCAGCCACAGCAGAAGAAGCAGCCAAGCUCGCAGAUACAUACCUGGCUGCCCGCCGGGAGACCCAGCACAGCUUUGGAGGUCGAAGUCAAAGGUGGUCAAGUAAGUCUGGGGGGGAAGGGGGUCAUGCCCAAGGUAUAGGGAGUGUUUUUGGUAAGCAAGGGGAUAGAACUAAGAAGCAGGAAGUUAGAUGUUACUAUUGUGGGGAGAUAGGACAUACAAAGCCCAGUUGUCCAUCCAGGAACCUUAAGCACUCGGCUGUCUGUCAUGUUCGUCGCCCUUACGAGCCACACACUGUAUCACCUGAGGCUAGGCAGACAGGCACCACAGACAUAUUGACACCAGUACUGGUGAAUGGUCAGUCGGCUAAAGCCUUAGUGGAUACGGGUAGCACUCAGACGUUAGUACGUGACAGCUUGGUUCCUGUGCAUAAAUAUAGUACCCAGAAGGCCAUUAAAGUUUGCUGUGUGCAUGGGGAAGUGAGGGAGUAUCCGACUGCAGAGAUGUACAUAACCGUGCAGGGCCAGACUUUUUUGAUGGAGGUGGCUGUGGCGGCCCAGUUACCACAUGAGGUAGUACUAGGGCAAGAUCUUCCCAUUCUUUGUGAUUUGGUUCCCAAAGUUCAGCCCUGUUAUGCAGUAACCCGAGCCCAGAGGGCGAUAGCUGACCUGCAGGAGAUGCCUUUUGCAGAUGUUGACUUUGAUGUGCCAGUUGAGAAAAGACGCAAAUCAAAAAAAGAAAGGCGGAAGUGUAAGUUUGAGGGUAGUAUGAAAGCGGGAGGUGAGGAACUGCCUUUGCCCGACUGCGCUGUUAAUAUGACAAUCCCGGAGGACAUAGGUGAAAUGCAGAGAAAUGAUCCGACUUUGCAGGACUGGUUCCAGAAGGUGUCUGUGGUAGAUGGGGUUAGGAAAGAGGGUGGAUCGGCUUUGAUGGAGGAAAAAUACAUUUUGGAAAAAGGCAUACUCUAUCAGGUGAAAGGUGCGGUUGAAGCAUUGGCAGUGCCGGAAGCAAUGCGCCAUACCGUGAUUACUUUAGGCCACUCGGUGCCUUGGGCAGGACAUUUGGGCAAGGCCAAGACGUUAGCAAGGGUUGGAAGUCGGUUCAGUUGGCCCAAAAUAUAUACGGAUAUAACAGAGUUUGUUCAUACUUGUACAGAGUGUCAGAUGACAUCGGGAAGGAGAGUGGCCCCGGCACAUUUGUUACCAUUGCCGGUCAUUGACACACCCUUUAGUCGCCUGGGAAUGGAUAUAGUAGGGCCCCUGGAGAAAAGUAAGAAUGGGAAUCGGUAUAUUUUAGUAAUCUGUGAUUAUGCCACCAAAUACCCAGAAGCCUUUCCCCUUAGAACCAUCAAAGCUAGACAAGUAGCUAACUGUCUGGUACAGCUGUUCUCCAGAGUGGGAAUUCCUCGUGAAAUCUUAACAGAUCAGGGUACGAACUUUAUGUCGGUGCUGUUAAAACAGGUGUACCAGCUGUUGGGAAUAAGGGCAAUUAGGACCACCCCUUACCACCCCCAGACGGACGGUUUGGUUGAACGAUUCAACCAAACUCUCAAAAGCAUGCUGCGCAAGUUCGUUUCCAAGUCAGGGUCCGACUGGGACCAAUGGUUACCGUAUCUGUUGUUUGCUUAUCGAGAGGUGCCGCAAGCUUCCACGGGUUUCUCCCCAUUUGAACUAUUAUAUGGCCGGCAGGUGAGAGGACCUUUGGACCUGCUUAAAGAGCGGUGGGAGGGACCCAAAGAUGGAAAGUGCAGUGUGGUCCACUACGUGGUCCAAAUGAGGGCGCGGCUGGAAGAGAUGACAUCACUGGCCCAGGAACACCUCAACAAAGCCCAGCAAACCCAAAAGGUUUGGUACGAUAAAAGGGCAAAGGAGAGAUCGUUGGAGCCUGGCCAAAAAGUGCUGCUGCUGCUACCCACCACAGAGAACAAGUUGCUAGCUAAAUGGCAUGGACCCUAUGAGGUGCUGCGGAGAACGGGUAGAGUGACCUACGCAAUCUCCAUGCCAGAGCGGGGUAAGAAAACUCAAAACUUCCAUAUUAAUUUGUUGAAAGAGUUCCACCCCAGGAAGGAGACCGGGGCCGUACAACUGUUUGUUCGAGUGGUCGGUGAGGAAGAAGAACCAACAGAGCAGUACUUCCCCACCAGCUCCACCCCACAAACUGUUGAUAUAUCCCAUCUAGAGCCACCUCAAAGAAGCCAGAUAAAGCAACUGCUGGAUCCCAGGCUGUUUCAGGAGAAACCGGGAUGUACUAACUUGGUGCUACAUGAUGUAAUCCUUAGGGAGAUAACUCCCGCCCGCCAGAAGAGUUAUCGGAUCCCUGAACGCCUGGUGCCAGUGCUGAAGGAUGAACUGGAUAUUAUGCUCUCCAUGGGGGUGAUCGAACCAUCCCUUAGUGAGUGGUGUAGCCCCAUUGUUCUAGUCCCCAAAAAGGAUGGUACCCUUAGAUUUUGCAUUGACUUCAGACAUCUGAACAGCGUGUCUAAGGGGGCACCAGCGACUUUCCAACGUUUGAUGGACCAGAUCCUGCAGGGCACCAGGGAGUUUGCGGCCGCAUAUCUGGACGAUGUGGUCAUCUUCAGUGAGACCUGGGAAGAACACUGUCAACAUUUGCGGCAAGUCUUGGGAAGAAUUAAGGCAGCCGGUCUUACCAUCAACCCAAAGAAGGGUACAAUUGCCAAGAGAGAGAUCAGCUACUUGGGAUUUGUGAUUGGAGGAGGAGUCAUUCGGCCGCAGCAGGAGAAGAUAGAGGCCAUUCGAAGUUACCAACCUCCGACAACUAAGAAACAGGGCCUCUGUGCUUACAGAUCUCACAAAAGCCACCGCGCCCAACAAGGUGGUCUGGACGGAGCAGGGUGA